AUGGAGGAAGCGAAAGCGCGCAUCGAUGCCUGGUAUGAGUCCGGCAGACUGUUCUUCCCCAAAAAAAGGAUUCGAGAGCUUGGGGAGCAGUUGAAAGGUCUACCCGCUACGGGAGGGAAAAUCGUCAUCGAGGAUCUUAACGGGGACACAAUUGAAGGUGUGGUACCAAAGGCCGAAGGGAAAUUUGCCGGCAUGAAGCUUGGCAUAGAAUACAAAGAUGCACGACAUCUCAAGGAUGAGAUCGAUGGGUGUUGGGGCGUUGGACCGUUAGGAUUCUCUCCCCUACAAGUGGUAUACUGGAGGUAUGAUGUGCUCGACGAUGAGACCCGUGACCAUGAGACCGUAGUUCGGGAGUUUGGAGAGAAGAUCCGGAUCUGGGAGGCCAGUGAGGCCUGCAAGAAGUUCAAAUCGACGUUGUCCCAGAAUGUCAGUAGCCAUGAGAUCGACACUAUAGUCGGAUUUGCCUGCGGUAGCCUGUCACGGCCAUACAACCCUCGAACUGACUACCAGCACGCACUGCUUAUGACCCUGAAGAACUGGCUGAGAGAACAAGCUCCGAGCAAGAAGCUCCACUGCUACAUCCAGGAUCCGAUAAACACCUCUGCUGACAAGAAAAUUCUCGCCGAAUUUGAAUUUGACGUGGUUGAGGAUCCGGUUGGCUGGGACACUGUCACUGAGCAGUCAGUUGUGCUAUCUAUAGCACCUAAUGUGCCUGUCAAGCAAAUCGUCGAGAAUAUUGCUAGACCCGCUAUUGUGAUCUGGGCUGCCAUCAAAGAUGUGGAUCGUCACAUCAUUGACCCUGAUACUUCCCGUACUAGAAAAAUGAGGGAGCAUUACGAUGUGUAUGAUCUUGGAGACGAGAAGCAUUUGGGGGACGCUGUGAUCUAUAUCCGGAAGGAGAAGGUUGUCCCAGUCUGCAAGUCGGGGUGA